AUGAGUUUCAGAGCACUGUCAACUGAAGAUGUCAUUAGGGUUGCAAUGACAAGAUACCUUCAGUUUUCUUGUCAAAGGUGUGGUGAUGUGUCCUGGCUUAACCAUUUCUGUAGCACUGUUCCUGACAAAUUUUCUGAAGAGGAUACAAAAGAGGUGGAGCUCAUGUAUUUUCUACUAGUUUCGGCUGAGAAGAUUGGCAGCCUACAAUUUGACUGUGCUAGCAUAUUCCUAAAUCAUUGUCUGAACUUUUCUUCCAAAAAUGGCACCUCAGUUCAGAGAAUUGUUCAUUAUUUCGGCAAAGCUCUUCGAGAGAAGUUUGAUCGAGAAACUGGGAGAAUCACAUCAAGGGGAGUGAAACUUAAAGAAACAAUGCCACUGCUACGACAAGAGAUAAUGGUGAGUUUGAGACCUGCUCUCAUUGCCUGUUACCAAGAACUCCCUUUCUACCCUGCAACUCAGUUUGCAGAGAUGCAAGCAAUCAUUGAAAGGGUGGCCUCAGCGAAAAGAGUUCAUUUCAUCGACCUUGAAAUCAGACUUGGAUCACAAUGCACUGUACUGAUGCAAGCUCUUGCUCAACGCGAACUACCAUUGGAGCAUCUUACAAUAACUGCAGUUAACUUCGGUACCAUGUCGAAGCAGGAUACUGAAGAGAUUGGUAAAAGUUUGGUACACUUUGCUGAGACCUUAAAUUUACCAUUUUCAUUUAAAGUUGCAAUGGUGACAGAUAAUAAAGAUCUUAACCAAGACUUAUUUGAGUUGAAUGAUGCUGAAGCUAUAGCUGUCCAUGCAUUUAUUAUACUGAGUCAUAUCGUUCGGCAGCCUCAUUGCUUGGAAUCUCUAAUAAGAGUGCUUAGAAAAAUUAAUCCUUGUGUGAUGGUGGUCACCGAAGUUGAAGCAAACUAUGAUGUACCAUCUUUUGAAGAACUCUUUUUCGAGGUACUUUUCUACUACAGUGCUUUGUUUGAUUCCCUGGAAGUUUGUAUGUCUGAAAAUGACCCGAACAGGAUGAUGUUUGAAGAAACGUUCUUAGGUCCGUGCCUCCUAAAUAUUAUGGUAAAUGAGGGUGAGGAGAAGAUUAAUGUCAAGCACAUGAAGAUUGGUGCUUGGAGGGAUAUUUUCAAAAAGUUUGGACUGGUUGAAGCAGAGCUUAGCAUGUCUUCUUUGUAUCACGCAGAACUAGUAAAGAAGCGUUUUGGUGGUGGGAUAGGGGAUUCUUGCACAUUAGUCAGAGAUGGAAAGGGCCUAAUUGUUGGAUGGAAGGGAUCACCACAACUUUCGCUUUCUGUUUGGAAGUUUCAUCAAGACUAG